AUGGCGGCUACUGUGGCACAGUCCCAGGCGCCAGCCAACUUGCCGUCCAACGGACUCGCCUCUCCAACCGCGCCGGCCUCUCACGCAGCGCAUGAGCAUCAUCCUCUUCACAGUCGCCAGGCGCAUUCAAAAAUACACGGCGGACACGUCGACACGUUGCCGCAAACCCAUCGCUUCGAGCCCAGCAACUUCAACGUCGUUCGCACUCUAGGAACAGGCACGUUUGCGCGAGUCUGCCUUGUCCGGCCGUCCAACGCCCCCAACACGCCGUUGGAACGGAACACCGCAGGCACGGCCCAAGUGUACGCCCUCAAGAUCCUGCGCAAAACCCAAGUCAUCAAGCUCAAGCAAGUCGACCACGUCAGACAUGAGCGAGCCGUCUUGGCUGAUGUGGCAGGCCACCCCUUCAUCACCAACCUGCUCGCUUCGUUUUCGGACCGCGACUCGCUAUACAUGCUCCUGGACUACGUCCCCGGCGGCGAACUAUUCAGCUACCUCCGCAAAUUCAGGCGCUUCGACGAAGCCACGGCCCAGUUCUACGCCGCCGAGAUUGUCCUCGUGCUGGAGUACCUGCACGAGCAGCAGGGCGGCGUUGCAUACCGGGAUCUCAAGCCGGAAAACCUCUUGCUGGACAAGGACGGCCACAUCAAACUGGUCGACUUUGGCUUCGCCAAGCGCCUGGGCUACAAGGACGACCACCCGGUCGAAACAUAUACCCUCUGCGGCACGCCCGAGUAUCUCGCUCCCGAGGUCAUCCACAACAAGGGCCACACCACGGCCGUAGACUGGUGGGCGCUAGGAAUCCUGAUAUACGAAUUCCUCACGGGGUACCCGCCGUUCUGGCACCAGAACCCCAUGGAGAUAUACAAACAAAUCGUCGAAAAACCAGUCACGUUCCCCCACGAGCCGCCCAUAUCCGACGAGGCCAAGGACAUCAUCCGCUCCUUGUGCACCAUCGACCGCUCCCGACGCCUGGGCAACAUCAGCGGCGGCGCAGCCCGCGUCAAGGCUCACCCCUUCUUCCGCACCGUCAACUGGGACGACGUGCUCAACCGCCGGUACCUGGGGCCUAUUGUCCCGCCGGUGCGGUAUCCAGGCGACUCGCAGUGCUUCGACGUGUACCCCGAGGACGACGGCCGGCGGGACCGGUACACGGAGGAAAUGGCACGGCAGUACGACCCGUAUUUUGCGGAUUUCUGA